CCCCAUCCCCCCAUGUCCCCCCAUGACCCCCCCAUGUCCCCUUCAUGUCCCCCCCAUGACCCCCCCAUGUCCCCCCCAUGUCCCCCCAUGUCCCCCCAUGUCCCCCCUUGUCCCCCCAUGUCCCCCCAUGUCCCCCCCAUGCCCCCUCCAUGUCCCUUCAUGUCCCCACGUGUCCCCCCAUGUCCCCCCUGUCCCCGCUGUGCCCCCACCCUGUCCCCACCCUGUGCCACCACCACGUGGGUGACAGAAGUGACACCGUUUCCUUCCUCUUUUUGUCCCCAGGAGCCCCGGGGAGGUGACAGGUGGCCCCGGCGGGGUGUGACACCCCCCUGGAUGGGGGGCACCGGGAUGGCCGGGGACGUGGCACUGCUCCUGUGGGCCCAGACCCUGAUCCUCGCUGGUGCCCGGACCACCCAGCUCCUGCUGGAUCCCCCCUGGACGCCGGCGGUGCUGUGGGACGAGGUGACCCUGACCUGCCAGGGCUCGGGGACCCCCGGGGACACCACCUGGUUCAAGGACGGGCGGCCCUGGGGGCAGAAGGGACGCGACAGUGUCCUUGUCACCAAGGAAGGCACCUACGAGUGUCACAGAACCGACACCGGGUUCAGCCCCGUCGUGCCCGUGUCAGACGACUGGCUGGUGCUGCAGGUCCCGGCGGGGCCGCUGCUGGAGGGGGACAACGUGACCCUGCGCUGCCGGGCCUGGAACAACUUCAUCACCCGGGCGCGGUUCUACCACGAGGGGAAGGACCUGCGGGGGUCCCUGGAGGGGAUGGAGCUGUCCCUGCCCCCGCUGCAGCUGCACCACGGGGGUCGGUACCUCUGCGGGGGCAAGCGGUGGGGCACCGAGGUGUCAGCGCAGGUGACAGUGACAGUGCACGAGCUCUUCCCGGUGCCGGUGCUGGAGGGUCCCUCCGGGCCCACCGAGGGGUCCCCCCUGAACCUCCGGUGCCGCAGCCCCCCCAGCCCCCUGCGGCCCCGCGCCCGCCUCCUGCACCUCUUCUACCGGGACGGGGUGCUGGUGGGGGGCCCGCAGGGGUCCCCCCAGCUCCACGUGCCCGCCGUGGGGGUCUCCCACUCGGGGGGUUACACGUGCGAGGUGCGCUCCGGGGACGGUUCCGUGCGGAAGAGCAGCGCCCGGCUCCGCGUCGCGGUGCGCAGGAUCCCAGUCUCGGGGGUGUCCCUGUCGGCGCAGCCCCCGGGGGGGCGGGUGGCACUGGGUGACCUGCUGGCGCUGAGCUGCGCGGUGGCCGCGGGGACAGGACCCCUGUCCUUCUCCUGGCACCGGGGGGGCUCGGCCGCGCCGCUGGGCACCGGCCCCCGCCUCGAGCUGCGCGUCGGGGGCGAGGACAGCGGCCACUACCAGUGCCGGGUCACCGACGGGGACAGCGCGGCCCAGAGCCCCCCCCUGCGCGUCACCGUGCUGGUGCCCGUGGCCAAUGCCACCAUCACCCCCAAACCCUUGGGCUGGGGGUGACCCCCCAUCCGCACGGGCGCCCCGGUGACCCUGCGCUGCUCGGUGCGGGCGGGCUCGGCCCCCGUGACCUUCUGGUGGCUGCGGGAAGGGCGGGAGGUGGCCCGGGGGCCCCUCCUGGCGCUCGGGGCCGCGGAGCCGCGACAUUCCGGCACCUACCGCUGCGUGGCCACCAACCAGCUGGACGGGCACCGCGUGUUCCGGGCCAUCAGCCCCGAGCUGGCCCUGCUGGUGACACCGCGGGGACACCGGGACACAGCAGUGGCCGCGGGGGUCGGGGGGUCCCUCCUGUUCCUGCUCCGGCUCCUGGGUGUCAUCGGGGGGUGGCACCGGUGGCACCGCCGGGCCUCCAGGAAACCCCAGGACAGGGCCCCCCCGGACCCCCAAACCCCCCCGGAGGAGGAGGGGGAGGUGCUUUACACCCACGUCGUGGUCACCGAGCGGGCGGGGGGUCCCCCCCGGGGGUCCCCCGGUGACCCCCCCCAGGUGACCUACGCGGAGCUGCCGGGACCCCGCGGGCGCCGCCGGGACUCCAGUGACAGCUACGAGAACGUGCCGUGACACUGGGAGCACUGGGAGGGGCACUGGGGGCACUGGGAGCACUGGGA